CAGGACAAUGAGUGCAGUUUGGGGGAGCCAGACAGAAGCAGCAGGAAUAUGACAUCUGUGCUAGAGACAGGGUUAAAGCCUGCCUGGUCCUGGCUGGGGGUGGAUAUCUAUCGGAUUUUUCACCUGGCUGCUGUGUUUGGCUUGACCUGCGUGGUGUUGAAAGUGAUUCAGCUGUAUCACCGGAGGCAGGAACUGAUCAAAGCUUUCAGCAGAUUCCCAGGCCAUCCGACCCACUGGCUAUACGGCCAUGUCCAUGAGCUUCUACAAGAAGGGGAGGUUUUAAACAAAGUAGAGCAAUGGAGCCAGAAGUACCCAUACGCCUUCCCUCUCUGGUUUGGGAGCUUCUCAGCAUUCUUAAACAUCACCCACCCUGAUUAUGCCAAGGUCUUAUUUGCCCGGGGAGAUCCCAAGGAUAACGUUACCUAUAGGCAUAUAGUUCCAUGGAUUGGGAAAGGAUUAUUGGUCUUACAUGGGCCAAAGUGGUACCAACAUCGUAAACUGCUGACUCCAGGGUUUCAUUAUGAUGUUUUGAAACCUUAUGUGCUAUUGAUUGCAGAUUCUACCAAAGUGAUGCUGGAUAAGUGGGAACAGCUGAUCGCACAGGAGAAGUCAGUGGAGCUCUUUGAACAUGUCAGCUUGAUGACUCUCGACAGCAUCAUGAAAUGUGCCUUCAGUUACCAGAGCAACUGCCAGACAGACAGGAAGAAUUCCUACAUUCAAGCUGUCUUUGACCUCAGCUACUUGGUUCACCACAGGCUGCGCAUCUUCCCGUAUCACAGUGAUCUCAUUUAUUGGCUCAGCCCUCAUGGUUUCCAAUUCAAGAAGGCCUGUCAGCUUGCGCAUCACCACACAGACAAGGUGAUCCAGGAGCGGAAGGAAUCUCUCAAAGAUGAGCAAGAACGUGAGAAGGUCCAGAAGAAGAGGCACUUGGACUUUCUGGAUAUUCUUCUCCAUGCCAAAGAUGAAAACGGAGCUGGAUUAUCUGAUGAAGACCUACGUGCCGAGGUGGACACGUUUAUGUUUGAGGGUCACGAUACCACGGCCAGUGGGAUCUCCUGGCUCUUGUACUGUAUGGCCCUGCACCCAGAGCACCAGCAGAGAUGCAGGGAAGAGAUCAAGGAGAUUCUGGGAGACCGGACUACUAUCCAGUGGGAUGACCUUGGUAAGAUGACUUACAGCACCAUGUGCAUUAAGGAGAGCCUUCGCCUUUACCCUCCGGUACCUGGAGUGUCCCGACAGCUCAGCAAAUCCAUCACAUUCCACGAUGGACGCACUUUACCAGAAGGCUCUUUGGUUGCAGUAAGCAUCUAUCUCAUACACAGAAACCCCAGCAUGUGGAAAGAUCCACUGGCAUUUGAUCCAUGGAGAUUUUCUCCAGAGAACGUCUCUGACAGACAUUCUCAUGCCUUCCUGCCUUUUGCUGCUGGGUCAAGAUACCGGGAACAGAGACACAAAGAGAUUAAAUGACUUGUCUGGGACCAUGCAAGGAGUCUACCCCAUCUCAGACAAAG